GAUUACUUCCUGUCUACAUUAUUGUUGGAUCUGUACUCCAAAGGCUCACCGGAGAAUUUCUUUACAGGCAGUAUCAAAUAACGACACAUUCUUUUAAGAGUCAAGAUGGCUGCAACUGAGGAGAAUGAGUCCAAGUUACUGCGCAAAGUAAAGGAAAAUCCGUUUGUCCCAGUGGGGAUGGCUGGCUUCUUUGGCAUUGUUGCUUACAGACUGAUGAAGAUGAAAAACCGUGGAGACAUAAAAAUGUCUGUGCAUCUCAUACACAUGCGUGUAGCUGCCCAAGGCUUUGUGGUUGGAGCCUUGACUGCAGGAGUCCUGUAUUCUAUGUACACAGACUACAUUGUGAAACCCAAAGAACAGAAAGCAGUUGCAUCAAGUGAACACUGACUCUUGAAAUGAAAUGACUCUGAAAUGAUCUAUUGAAGUCAUGGGGAAAACAACACUGUGGCAUAUAGAGAGGAGGAGAACAAGCGGCAGUCUGGAAACAGAAUGCACAGGUAUCCACUUAAGUGGAUACCUGAGGGGCAAGCUAUCAUUUCUGUAUUGAGAAGGAAGAUUACUGACCUCAGCUGUGUAACAGUGGUUACACAGCAGUAACUUUUGGGGGCAGCUGUGGGUCAGGAGGUAGAGUGGGUCAUGUCCUAACGGGAAUAUUAGCGGUUCUAUUCCCAGCUUAUUCAGUGCACAUGUCGAAGUGUCCUUGAGCAAGACGCUGAACUUGUGAUGUCACCAGUGCGUGAAUGUGUGAGUGCUUGGGAGU